AUGAGUUGUCUGGAGGGCCGCCAUCUUGGCUCGGCCCGUCCGGGCUGUGUGAGGAUCAGCAAGAGGGGGGCGGCGAGUUGGAGCCGUGUCGAGCAGGAGCUGCUUGAUGCGGCGCGCACGGGGAACCUGGCCGCCGUGGAGAAGCUCUUAUCCGGGAAGAGACAGUCCGCGGGCGGGUCGUCCGGGACCGGCGGGAGCUCCAACAGCGGCGGCCACGGAGCCUCCUCUCAUCCCCUCUCCAGUCUGCUCAGCAUCUGGAGAGGGCCCAAUGUGAAUUGUGUGGACAGCACUGGAUACACCCCUCUCCACCACGCAGCACUAAAUGGACACAGCGACGUGGUGGAGGCGCUGCUACGGAACGAGGCCUUGACCAACAUCGCAGACAACAAGGGCUGCUACCCGCUCCACCUGGCGGCGUGGAAGGGAGACGAGCAUAUCGUGAAGCUUCUCAUUCACCAGGGGCCUUCGCACCCCAAGCUCAACGAGCAGAGCUCUGUAGAGCAUAAAGAGUUCAAACGCUGUGGGCCCUUUGACCCCUAUAUUAAUGCCAAGAACAACGACAACGAGACGCCGCUGCACUGCGCCGCCCAGUACGGCCACACCCGGGUGGUGCGGCUCCUGCUGGAGGAGCUGACCGACCCCACCAUGAGGAACAACAAGUUCGAGACCCCGCUGGACCUGGCUGCGCUCUACGGCCGCCUGGAGGUGGUCAAGCUGCUGCUCACCGCCCACCCCAACCUGCUCAGCUGCAACACCAAGAAGCACACGCCGCUGCACCUGGCGUCCCGGAACGGACACCUGUCCGUGGUGGAGGUGCUGCUGGACGCCGGGAUGGACAUCAACUACGAGACAGAGAAAGGCAGCGCCCUCCAUGAAGCCGCCCUUUAUGGGAAGACGGACGUGGUGCAGAAACUCCUCAGUGCAGGUAUCGACGUGAACAUCAGUGACCAGAAGGGUCUGACAGCGCUGGACACUGUCAAAGACAUGCCCUCCCAGAAAAGCCGAGAGAUCGCUGCUCUCAUUCUGGGUCACAUGACUGGUAAACCCCCUGAUAUUGACCUUCCCCCUCCUCCCAUCCCUCCACCAAUGAGUCCCAGUCCAAGGAAGAAGGGUGAGAUGGAAAAGGUGAGUGAGCUCAUCUCAGGUCUAGCUCCAGGGCCUGAGGAGGAGAGCCCCUAUGAAGCUCUGUGCGAAGCCAUUUCUUGCCACUCCUUGGACAGCGUCACCAGCGGGAAGUCCUCCGACCGGGACUCGGGACGGCCCGACAGUGAAGCUAGCAAGAAAGAUCGUCUUGUCCACUCAGCUCACCCUGGUCCCGGUCACGAGGAGGAGAUGAGCUCAGAGGCCUUGUACACGAGCAGCAGCAUCGAUGAAAGGGGAGAGCCGGCCGAGGAAGAGGAGGACCACACGUACGAGCUGUUGCUGACCGCCCAGACCAAAGUCCCGCCGCCCAGCCACGAGUCCCAGUCCAGUAAAGAUGACUAUACCACUGCACCAUCUUCCAACAGUGUUCUACCUCAGCGCAAACCCAGUGCCCCUCCAAACGACCUCCGAGCCCCAAGUAAGAUGAAAGACAGUCUGCACCCUCCUGCACGCGUGCCCCCCCGGGCACCCGGAGACAACUCCCAGCUGAGCCAGGAUCAGGGAGCAGGUGUCCCGGAGCAGUUCACCGGCCUCCUGCACGGAUCCUCUCCCGUCAUCGACUCCCGUGAGGACCUCUUCAGGCUCCCGGGGGUCCUGCCGCCAAAGCAAGAGCAGCCAGAAGCAAAGAAGUCAGUCAAACCCGUGCAGGCGGCCAAAGCGGCUUCCCCGACGCCCGCCCGCCCCAGCAUGGCCGCCAUCCUGACAGACUGCGACCCCAAAGCCAUCUAUGCCACUGUGAACAAGGAGCCCAGGGACUCGGGGGCCGGGGCCGGCGUUCGCAUGCGCCCCCCCGGGGACCUGAAGCUGGCGCGCAGCCUCUCCAAGUCCGACUCGGACCUGCUGGUGUCGCCUCCUAGUGAGGAGGAAGGGGGACUGGGAAACCGCAGCGAGUCCGUUUCUAACUGCAGCACCGGCAAGAAGAGGCUGGAGAAGUCCCCCUCCUUCACCUCCGAGUGGGACGAGACACAGAUGACUUCAAAACGGAGAAGAUCUAAUUCCUUUGGCAGCAUCGAGAAGAUCAUGACACUGAUUGGAGCCGGCAUCGAUUUUUCCCGAGACCAGCAAUAUGCUACACCAGGUGCGGCCGGCCGGCUGCUGGAGCAGCCCGUGGGCGACUGGCUGGAGCACGUGGGGCUGCCGCAGUACGAGAGCAAGCUGCUCCUCAACGGCUUCGACGACCUGCACUACAUGGGGAGCAAUGUAAUGGAAGACCAGGACUUGAGAGAAAUUGGAAUCACAGACCCAAGCCACAGAAAGAAGAUCCUGCAUGCAGCCCGGUCUUUGCCAAAGGUGAAAGCGCUUGGCUGCGAUGGCAGCACCUCCCUGUCCUCCUGGCUGGAGAACCUGGGCCUGGACGAGUACUUGCACAACUUCCUGGCCAGCGGCUACCGCAGUCUGGACUGUGUGAAGAACCUGUGGGAGCUGGAGAUCGUCAAUGUGCUAAAAAUCACACUGCUUGGUCACAGAAAACGCAUCAUUGCCUCGUUGGCAGAGAGGCCUUAUGAGGAGCCUCCGGUCAAACCUCCCCGUCUGUCCCAGAUCAGGUGUCAGGACCUUCCCGGGUCCCAGACCUCGUCUCUGCUCGGUCAGAUGGAGCCCUACACAGGACGCUCCAUGGACCCUCUGCUGCCUUCAGGAGAGGCGGGCAGGAAGAAGGCACCGGACACAGAGCAAGACCACACCCAAAGGCAUCGCAGCGACCGGCACAGACCUCAGGAGCGGUACGAGGAAUGGCACCAAGAGCCCCGGUUAACCCUCCGGCCGCCCAGUCUGGCAGCACCGUACGCCCCGGUCCAGAACUGGCACCAUCAACCUGAAAAACUCAUCUUCGAAUCCUGCGCUUACGAAGCCAGUUAUCUUGGUUCUAUGCUAAUAAAAGAUCUCAGGGGCACCGAGUCCACGCAGGAUGCCUGUGCCAAAAUGCGGAGGUCCACGGAACAAAUGAGAAAAGUCCCGACCAUUGUCCUGUCAAUCACUUACAAGGGCGUGAAGUUCAUCGAUGCAGCAAACAAGAACAUCAUCGCGGAGCAUGAGAUCCGCAAUAUAUCGUGCGCAGCCCAGGACCCAGAGGACUUGUGCACAUUCGCCUACAUCACUAAGGACCUGCAGACCAGCCACCAUUACUGCCACGUCUUCAGCACGGUGGACGUGAACCUGACCUAUGAGAUUAUACUGACGCUGGGCCAAGCUUUCGAGGUGGCCUAUCAGCUGGCUCUGCAGGCCCAGAGGACCAAACACCACCACAACCUGCCCUUAGGAAACAGUCCGGAGGGCAUCGAGACAAAGUCUGGCCGUCCAGUGCCAAAGCCAAGGGGGAGCACACGGAAAUCAGGGGGGGACCUGGUGGAGCAGGAGGAGGAUUCUCAGUCCCAGGGCAGCGUCACGUGGCUCGUGGACCCCAAGGAACCCAAGCGCUCUAUCAGCACUAACUGAACACUGUGGCUGCUCCCAGGUCAGUAAGCCAGGACAGGAAUGAGCCCUGUUUCAUGGUGACUGGGAUUUUUGUUUUUUUUGUUUUUUUGUUUGUUUUUUUGUUUUUUUUCUCCAUUAUUGAAAAAGCGACCCACUUCCCAUGCACCGGAUCGCACCGCCACUGGGCUCACCACGGCUCACACAGGCAAAGAUGACGCUCCCCUUCAAUUCACCUGAACUCUCUAUAUACACACACACACACAC